CACUGCCGCCGAGUUAUCUGUAAGAGACGCUGCAAAAUCUCAAAAAAGGUUUUUCUUUCUUCAUUUCCUCCUUCAAUCAUACACUAUUACUCUCUUUUUAUCAUUGCUUCUUAUCCCCAAAAAAAAGAAAAAAAACACCGUACUUUCUGCCUUCAAUUUUGUUGUGUUCAAGUGUUGCAUACCAAAAAAAAAAAAAAAAAAAACUGUGUAUCCCUUUUUGAUUUUAGAGAGUUUUAUUAUCUUCUUUACUACAACUCUAUCAGAACUCUUGUUGAACAAUUAUCAGAAUAAAUAUUCUGUUGUGUGUUCUGUUUUCAUUUUACAAAGCUCCCUUUCUCGGUUUCUGUUUCUGUUAUAGUACAAAAGAUCCCCUUUCUUGUCCAAUUAUAUUACAAUAUAAUUCUCUAUAUUCAACCUUCUUCUCAGAGAGAGAAAUAAAAAAAUAAAAAAAAAAAUUGUGUUCCCUUUUGAUUUUGCCCAGUAUCAUAUAAGUGUUCCUUUCCAGUCUUCACAUCCUCUGCAAAAUAGCAUUACUCUCUUCGUUUUAUUUUGAUUUGCAAAGCUCAGUUUCCUCAUUUCCAUUUCGAUUGUUGUAGAAAAUCCCUUUGUUGUGUUCUAGUCUUUUACAUUUUAAGUAUCACUAUCCUCGAAGGAAAACGUGAGAGAAAUGGUCCUGAACUAUGUUCUUCCUGUAGUAAUGAAGAUUGGAGAAUAUCUGGUUGCCCCAGUUGGCCGCCAGUUUUGUUAUUUGAUUUUCUAUGACAGAAACAUUAAGAAUCUGGAGAAGCAGGUCCAAAAGCUGGAAGAUAAAAGAUUUGGAGUACAAAAAUCAGUUGACGAAGCAGAGGCAAAGAGAGAAACUAUUGCACCAGGUGUCGAGCGGUGGUUGAAAACAGUGAACGACCUCAACGAAGAGGCUAAGAAAUUCCUCGAGGUUGAAGUGAAAGCAAACAAAGGGUGUCUGAAUGGGUGGUGUCCAAAUUUGAAGUCACGCUAUUCCUUGAGCAGAAAAGCUACAAAGAAAACUCAAAGUGUGGAAGAGCUACGUGGAGCAGGAGUUUUCUCUACAGUGUCCUAUCCUACAGUUGUACCUUCUGUGGGGACAACAUUUGCAUUCACUGGAGGUUUUAAGGGGUUUGAAUCUAGAAGAUCGAUUAUGAAUGGAGUUAUGGAGGUACUGACAGAUGAUAGAAUCCAUGUGAUUGGGAUAUGUGGGAUUGGAGGUGUUGGUAAGACAACUAUGGUGAAUGAAGUUGCCAAGAAAGUGGAAGAAAAAAAAAUGUUCGAUGUUAUUGUGAUGGUAGUAGUGUCCCAAAACCCAAACUUGAUUACUAUUCAAGGCCAGAUAGCCAAAAUAUUGGAUUUACAAGAUUUUGGGGGAAACAAUUUACCAACUGGAGCGGGGAAGAUAAGAUCAAAAAUAUUGAGCUUUGGAAGAGUCCUUGUAAUAUUGGAUGAUGUAUGGAAGAGACUAGAAUUGAAUGACAUUGGAAUUCCAUUUGGAGAUAAUCACAAGGGUUGCAAAAUUGUGAUGACUUCAAGAAAUAAAGAUGUAUGCAACAGCAUGGGCACACACGAGAAUUUUGAGGUUGGCAUCUUACAUAAAGAAGAAGCAUGGAAUCUUUUCAAGGAGAUGGCUGAAAUUUCGGACGAAGGUACAAGUCACCCAACUGGUUUGCAGUUGAUGCAGAUGGCAGUUGCGAAGGAAUGUGGAGGCUUGCCGAUUGCUAUUGUUACAGUCGGGAGGGCACUUAGAUGCAAAAACAAGUAUUCAUGGGAUUCUGCUCUUGAACAAUUACGAAAGUCUAUGGUGAAAAACAUCAGUGGAGUGGAUGAAAAGGUGUUUAAAUCUCUAGAGUUGAGUUAUGAUUCCCUUGAUAGUGAUGAAGCCAAGAAAUGUUUUCUGCUCUGUUCUUUAUUUCCGGAAGAUUUUGACAUUCCAAUUGAAGUUCUCGUUAGAUAUGCGAUUGGGAUAGAGUUGUUUGAGCGCAUUGAUAGUGUGCACCAAGCAAGAAACAGAGUAUAUUUCAUAGUUGAUGACUUAAAAAAAUGCUACCUAUUGAUGGAAAGUGAAAAUGAAGAGUGUAUCAAAAUGCAUGAUGUCGUACGUGACGUGGCUAUAUCAAUUGCAUGUAGGAAGGAGCAUUUGAUUGUCGUGAGAUGUGAUGAAGUAUUGAAAGAAUGGCCCAAGAAAGACCGACUCGAAAAAAACGCUAUAAUUUCAUUAAAAGUUGAUGGUAUGCAUGGGCUUCCUGGCAAUUUAGAAUUUCCAAAUCUCCAUCUUCUAAAGCUAGAUUGCAAUGCUCGAUUACCACUAAUCUCAUCAUAUGAUCUCCACAAAGAGAUGGCGAAGGUCAAAGUACAAGAGACCCUAGAUAGUUUCUACCAAGGAAUGAAAGAACUUAAAGUGCUAGCUUUAUCCGACAUGUACAGCUCAUUGCCGGCAUCACUUCAACGCUUGACCAACCUCCGAACCUUGUCACUUUUUCGUUGCCGACUUAUUGAUGAUGAUAUCUCUAUAAUCGGAGCAUUAGAGAAUCUGGAAAUUUUGAGCUUUGCCGGCUCUUAUAUCAAGGAAUUGCCAAAAGAAAUAAUAGGUCACCUUGCUCAAUUGAAGGUACUUGAUUUGUUAGGAUGUGUAGUGGAAAAGAUUUACCCAGGGGUCUUGUCAAGCUUAUCAAAGCUAGAAGAGCUGUAUGUUGGGCAUAGUUUUGACAGUUUGAGUGAAGAUGAAGAAAGCAAAGAAGGUUCUAAAGCAAUUAUCGAUGAGCUGGCGUCCUUGAGCAAUUUGGUGGCUUUGGAUAUUGCUCUAAUAGACAUUUCCUUCUGGCCGAGAGGUUUGGUCAUUGAGAGGUUAAAAAAGUUCAAUAUAACUGUUGGCUUUUUGCCACUACGUAACCCUUGCUAUCGGUUAUCAAAUCAGUUGAUGCUCCAACAUCAAAUUAUGAGUGACAUUAUUGAAUUGAGGCUUAAUUUGCUGUUGAAGAGCACUGAAAUCCUGUAUUUAAUCGCAAGAAUAAAAGGUUUGAAAAUUCUCUGUGAUUUGGUCGACGAAGAUGGUUUUGAAUGCUUAACGAAGUUGAGCAUACGAGAAUUGUAUGAUUUGGAAUACCUCAUCAAUACAGCAGAUGGGGUUCCACAGAGUGCUUUCCCUGUGUUAGAGUUUCUGCAUCUUCAUCAUCUACCUAAUUUCAAAGGGAUCACUAGUCAUGAAUGCCGACUACCGAACAAGGCUUUCAGUGCAUUGAAAUUGUUGACACUAUAUUCCCUGCCUGAACUGGCAAAUUUGUGGAAGGGUCCUACCCAACUUGUAUGGCUCGGCAACCUGACAUCUGUAAUUGUCUGGGGUUGUGAUAAACUGGAAAGUAUGUUCUCACUUUCCACAGCUAGAGAUCUAGUGCAAUUGCAGCACCUUCAGAUAACUCAUUGUCCUAUGAUGGAAGUAAUUGUUUCGAGUGAAGGAGGAGAGCAUGAAAUAGCAGCAAUAGCAACAGAUAAAAUUGAGUUUCCUAAACUAAAGCAAUUGUGUCUUGAAUACAUGCCAAGUUUUAGUGCUAUCUGCAAAGCUAUGAAUGCAAUUGAGCUGCCACAACUGAGUUCCUUGACACUGUGGGUUAUGCCAAAACUGAAACGUCUCUGUCUUGCUUCAGAAUCAGAGAGUAAUUGUGAUCCCAUAAUUCAACCCCUCUUCAACGACAAGGUUAAAUUGAUUAAACUAAGAGAGAUGACAGUUAGAUGCUGUCAUGAGCUCUCAAAUAUUCUUUUCCCAUCCAAUUCAGUUAAGGGCAUGCCAAAUCUUGAAGUACUUGAAGUAACGAACUGUCAAUCUAUUGGAGUAGCCUUUGACCUUGAAGGACUUGUUUGGGAAGAAGGCAUAUCAGAUAUGGCACUCCCUUCAUUAAUAGAAGUGAAACUAAUCUGUCUACCAAAGUUGACACAUGUUUGGAAGGACAAUUCACCAGGAAUUCUAGGCUUUCAGAAUCUAAGAUCCUUAGUAGUAGAUGAGUGUGACAAUUUGAGAAAUCUAGUCUCAUACUCUCUAGCCAAACUUCUUGUAAAACUACAAGAAAUAGAUGUUACUGAAUGUGAUAUGAUGGAAUCAAUCAUUGGAAAUGAACCAAAUGCAGAUGAUGUAGUGAUAACAAAUAUGAUCAUAUUCCCUCAACUGAGUAGUCUCAAACUCCGUGAUUUGCCAAACCUUAGGAGUUUCUGCUCUGAGGCUUGUACGUUUGGGGGAUCAUUAUUGAAAACAAUACAACUAAUCAACUGUCCCAAAAUGAAGAUACUCCCAUCAGCAUUUCAGCGCAAGCUAGACCAACAAAAGGCAGACUUUUCAACCUCAUCUCAAUUCCAUCUCUUGGAUGGAAAGGAUAAAUUGGCUACCAUUGAAGCUAAACUAACGAUGACAGUUAAAUUGUGUCAUGGGCUCUCAAAUAUUCUUUUCCCAUGCAAUUCAAUUAAGGGCAUGCAAAAUCUUGAACUACUUGAAGUAAUGGACUGUCGAUCUAUUGGAGUAGCAUUUGACCUUGAAGGACUUGUUUGGGAAGGCAUAUCAGAUAUGGCACUCCCUUCAUUAAAAAAAGUGGAACUAAGGCGUCUACCAAAGUUGACACAUGUUUGGAAGGACAAUUCACCAGGAAUUCAAAGCUUUCAGAAUCUAAGAUCCUUAGAAGUACAUGAUUGUGACAGUUUGAGAAAUCUGUUCUCAUGCUCUCUAGCCAAACUUCUUGUGAAACUACAAGAAAUAGAGGUAACUGAAUGUGAUAUGAUGGAAUCAAUCAUCGGAAAUGAACCAAAUGUAGAUGAUGCAGUGAUAACAAAUAUGAUCAUGUUGCCUCAACUAAGUAGUCUCAAACUCCGUGAUUUGCCAAACCUUAGGAGUUUCUGCUCUAAGGCUUGUACGUUUGAGGGAUCGUUGUUGAAAACAAUAGAAGCAAUCGAUUGUCCCAAAAUGAAGAUACUUCCAUCAGCAUUUCAGAGCAAGCUAGAGCAACAAAAGGCAGGCUUUUCAACCUCAUCUCAACUCCAUCUCUUGGAUGGAAAGUUUAUUUUCAGUAACUGGUUUGAGUACAACUUUGGAAAACUUACUAUCACAGACAUAAAUGGAUCGAUAGAGAUGUGGCACAACCAACUUGAAGUUGACCACCUUGACAAAGUGAGAUUCAUGUUGGUCCAAUGGUGUGAGAAAUUAUCAAAUGUGAUCUCGUCGAAUUUAAUGCAAAGACUACGAUAUCUAGAACGGCUGAAGGUAUGGUGGUGUGAUUCACUGGAAACAAUAUUUGACCUCCAAGGGUCGGUAUGCGCUGCUACUACUGGUGAGGAAGGAACAUCAAUCACUUGGUUUGAAGAUUUGAAAUUUAUGUAUCUGCCCAAGUUGACGCAUAUAUGGACGAAUGUUUUCCAACGAACUUAUUCUUUCAAAAAUCUAAAAUCCCUAGAAGUGGAGAGGUGUGACAACCUGAGAUAUAUAUUCACAAUUUCCAUGGUCAAGGUCCUUUGGUGUCUAGAAUAUGUAAGAAUUGAGAAUUGUGAGAAAGUAGAAAAGAUUGUCACCAGGGAAGAAGAAGAAGAAGAAGAAGACAAAGAUGAUGAAGCUGAUGAUGACAAUGACGAUGACAACGAUAAUGAUGAAAUGGGAAAAAUCAAUAUUUUCAUUGUGGAAGAAGAAGAAGAAGAAGAAGACGAUGAAGUCGACAAUGACAACGAUAAUGAUGAAAGGGGCAAAAUCAAUAUUUUCAAUGUGGAACUUGAAAAUCUUCCGAGUCUCAUGUGUAUUGGAAUUCCAAAAUCCCAAAUUUGGAUCUUCAAAUUGCGUGUAGAUAUCUGCCCCAAGUAUCGAGGUUAUGAUGUGGAAGAGGAGUAAUAUUUACCAUUUGCUGCGGUGCAUCGCCGAUCUCUUCAUAGAAAAGUACAAGGCCUUCUUCACCUAGAGGGUCCACAGAAAAGAUUACCAUUUUUGAGUGGAGUUUUAAAAAGGUAAUUACUUUCAAAGUUCUACAAAGCCUUUUUCAGACUCACUUCAAAGCAAGAUAGUCCUGAACUGCCUUGAGUUGAAGUGAAGCGUCAGCUAGAUGCAUCCUUGAUGAAUAUUCUUAGUUUUUACUCUAAUCAAAAUUCCAUUAUUGGUUUUAUUUUUGUAUACUGUUCCCCCAACAAUGUAUCUGUUUUCAACAAUUGAGGGGGCUAUCUCUCGUAGUAGCAGGAAAAAGAGUGCAUGCUGCAAAGUCCUGUACUUCUUAAUCUGGAAUGUUUUCUUUGUAAACGUUCUAUCGGGGAAAGUUAUUGAGCGACUGAGUGUUGUUUCUAGUCCUAAAGAUGUAACCGCCCAACUUGCCACAGCAGUACCAACACAGGUUGGGCAAGUUUGUCAUUUGAACUUCUGCAACCUUAUGCUCUUCUUUGCAACUUAUUCUACAAAUUCAUUCUCAGAAACAAGGAGGAUCCAUGCACUUUAUCUUUUCCGUACCACACGAA